AAAAUGUCAGUGCAUUUACUGGAUGAAACAGCAGGGGAUCUGCCUGUCCGAGACACCAGCCAGAAGCCCUCCGUAACAGCAGCCAUACGAGAUGUGUCAUCUUCUGCUCUGCUCCCUGUAAAAUCGCCUGGACUGAAAACCUGGACGAAAGGAUCACGCUCUCUCGCAAGGACUCGGCGCCAGAUAAAUCGAGUGAGCCGCACAGAACUGGAAGAUGGGUUUCUUCGGCUUCACGAUGAAAAUCUGCUGCUCAAAGAAUUUGCCCGGAAGCAAGAGGACAGGAUCAAAAGAACUCACAGCCUUGUCUUGGCUGAGUUGGAACUGGAUCCUGAGUCGUUGAGUUCCGCACGUGGCCGAGAGACGGACCCAGAAAGCAGCCGCUCUCAGCAGCUCCACCUGGAGGCUCAGGAACGCCGGGCUGCCAUCAGGGACAACUUGGAACUGAUUCGGCUGCAGAAGCUUCUGCGGGCGAAGAAUUCGGAGCUGGUGGCAGUCAAAGUCCAGUUCACCGGCUUACAGGAAGCUUACGAGACCCAGCUCCAGCAGAACCAAGAAGCAUUAAGUUCAGCUAGUGGGGCCUUGCUCGCUCAGGUCGAAGAACUCAGCACCUUGCUCCGAGAGGAGACCCGGAAGGUGGCUGCCCUAGAAAGCCAAAUAGAGACGCUUUCUCCCCUCCAGGAGGUGCUGAAAGAGUUUCAGGAGCGCGUCAGCGACCUGGAAGCAGAACGUGAUCUGUUGAAGAUGAAUCAUGACAAGCUCCUGGAGAGCUGCAUCAGCACGGCUCAGGAAAAGGUGGAUGAGCCACCCCAGAAAGACAACACCCUGGAAGAACAACUCACCGCACUGAUGACGGAGAAGAGAAACCUUGAGCAGCAGCUUGAAAACGAAAGAGCUCGGAACGAGGAGCUGGAGCAAGAAACGAAGCAGCGGCCACUGGGCCAGGAGGAGCUGGAGCAAGAAAUGAAGCAGCGGCCGCUGGGCCAGGAACGCAAAGCCCACCCCUGGCAGGAGAAGGGAAGCCAUUUGGAAGAGCGGAAAACCAGCAUGGAAAAACCUCCCUCCCCUUUGAUUCAGCAGCCUGGGUACUUAAACAUUCUGGAGAGAGAGGAUGAGAAGGAAGAGAUGCCAUCUCAAAAGAGCCUGAAGCGGAAACUUCAUGAGACGGAAGCGGCCCACGCGGAGACGGUGCUGGAACUGGAGAAAACGCGAGACAUGCUUAUUCUGCAACACCGCAUCAACCGGGAUUACCAGGCAGAGUUGGAAGGCAUGAUGCUGCAGGUCACCCGGGAGAAGGAGGAUCAUGAGGAAAAGGAACAGCAGAUGGCCCGGCUGCUGGACCUACGGAGUGCCCGCAUCCGUCAACUUGAAGAGCAGCUGAAGGAUGUGGCAUAUGGGACCAAGACGGUACCCUUUCGACCAGAGGAGGGUGGCCCGUCCACAGGAGCAGAGCCUGACCAGGCCCCCAAACUACGGAGUGGGGAGAACCUCUUUGAGAUCCACAUCUCUGGCGCGGUGCUGUCGGCUGAAGCCUUGCAUCUCCUCGGGGACCCCGAGCCCGUCACCUUCUGCACCUACUCCUUCUACGACUUCGAAACCCACUGCACGCCCAUGGCAUGGGGUGGGCGGCCCCGCUACAACUUCACCUCCCAGUACGUGGUCCAGGCGGAGCCCCUCUUCCUGCAGUACCUUCAGGGGGCCACCAUGCGCCUCGAACUCCACCUGGCCUCCGCCACAGACCACACCACCUUGGCUUCUGGCUGGCUGCAUUUUGGUGAAGCGCUGGGCGGUGGGCAGCAAGUCUAUGCCACGGCAGCCCUGCAUGGUCCCCACGGGGAGGACUAUGGCCUUCUGGAAUACUGGAUGCGUCUCCGUUUUCCGAUAGACCAGACGCUGAGGCUGCACCGUCAGCGGGCCAAAGCUUUGGGCUACCUGUCGGCCGGUGUGCCACGUCCCGCUGCAGUCCACGAGGAGAGGCCACAGCAACAAGAGGGGGGACGGAGGCCUGGGUGGAACGAACUGCAUGUACGGAUCGAAGGCUGUGCCGGCUUGCGCAGCCGGUGGCUGGGUGCCCAGCCCAGCCCUUACGCCGUGUACAAGUUCUUCACCUUCCCAGAUCACGACACUGUCAUUGUCCCUUCGAGCAACAACCCCCAUUUCGGAGACCGACAGAGCUUUGCUUUGUGUGCCACGCCGGAACUGCACCAUUACUUGCUCCUGCAGAGUCUGGGUGUUUACGUCUUCGAUGACGAGGACGAGGAGCCCGGGAGUUACCUGGGCAAAGCCCACAUCCCCCUCGUGCCCCUCGCACAAGGGCGCAGCAUCACCGGUGACUUUGUCCUCACUGAUCCGAUGGGGAAGCCCAACGGUUCCAUCCGCCUGAGUCUAGAGUGGAAGCUCCUUUAUAGACCGCCGGAAGAGGGUCGCCUUGAGGCGCUCCAGGAGCAGAGGCUGGCGAUCCAGGAAAAGCCAGCCUUGCUGAAAAAUCAGAUCCCGAGGGAGACACGCGGCAGCCCUUUGCUUUCCAGUCAGCAGAGGAAGAAGCCACGGCUCUACCCACCCAAGGCAGAGAGGAAGGCUUGGAAACCCACACCACUAGGAGGACCAGACUGCCUGCCUCCAGGGCCAGGAACUCCAACGGUGGAGCGUGCGGAAGACCGCGCAAGAGAGGAUGUGGAAGGAACCGUGCAGGAGGUGUCACUGGAAGAGUUAAGAGAAGAGGCACAAGACAGACCGGCUGUGGAGGAGGAGACGAUGGCCGGAGCUUGCAAGGAAUCGGAUUCUACCUCAAGCGCAGUGGCAGAGGAAGGACCGUUAACGGACAUUGCCUCAGAGGAACCUGAGAGCACCAGCGAUGACCAGAAGACCGAGAGCGAUGAAGUGGUGCUGGGCAUGUCUGAGGUCCCGGACCUUCAGCUCCUCCCUUCAAACAGAAUUCGGGUAGAGAUCAUCUCUCUCCGCCUGCACCCGGAGAGUGAUCCUGUGGUCAGCGAGCUCAUUCAACAGCUCUACGUGGAGUAUCAUUUCCCUGGAGUGCCGCUGGAGGAGACAGAGACCCCCUUCUCGUUACGGAAACCGCAGGGAGGCCAAGAGGUCUACUUUCACUUCAGCAAAGUGAUCAACCUGGAUCCGGACCCCGACAGUCUCCAGAGACGGCUCCUGUUUUCCAUGCUGGACUCCAAAGAACCUCAGCAGAACCGGCUGCAAUUUGUCGUGGUCAGUGAACCCCUGCCUGGGGCUGGAGGAGAGUGCGAGGAUGUGGGCUUUGCCUCUCUGGAUCUGAGAGAGAUUCUUCUCACUGGACGCGAUGCGCGCGAGCAAGAACUUCCCGUGCUCAGUCCUUUUGAUCCCGACGUCCACAUUGGGGCGCUCAAAGUCUCCACCGAAGCAGCGGCGGCCCUUUCCGCAGUCUAUUAUGCCAGCCAAAAGAACAGCAGGAAUGGAUGAAAAGAACAGGAACCACCAGAG